CUCAUUACACUCACUAAUACACGGUUAUCACCGAUCACACUCGUUUCCAACGACCUCCAACGCCUUAUAACUUAAUACCUUCCGUAUUUUAAUACCACCCCCCAAACCAACAAUCAAGAUGCGUUCCUUCGCCGUCAUUGCUGGCUUCGCCGCCGUUGCCCUUGCUGCUCCCCAGUACGAGGCUUACCCUGCUGUCCCUGCCUCUUCCUCGGCUGCCGCUGAGUACCCGGCCUACCCCGCCGAGACCUCUUCGGCCCCUGCCUACGAGGCUGCCUCCUCCGCUGCUGAGUACCCAGCCUACCCCGCUGAGACCUCCUCCGCUGGAUACGAGGCUUCCAAGCCCGCCUACGAGGCCUCCAAGCCUGCCUACGAGGCCAGCUCCGCUGCCCCCGUCUACAGCGCCUCCAAGCCCGCUUACACCACCACCGAGGUUGUCCACGCCACCAGCUACGUCUGCCCUGAGCCCACCACCAUCACCUACGGUGCCUCCACCUACACCAUCUCCAGCAGCACCACCCUCAGCAUCCCUGAGUACACUGCUACCUACGUCCACACCCCUACCCCCGAGAUUCCGGCUGUCCCCAUGCCCACUGUCUCCUCUGAGAAGCCUUCCGUCCCUGAGGCUUCCCACACUGCCCCUGGAUACUCGGCUGCUCCUCCCGCUCCCAUGUACCCCAGCUCCAACGGCACCGUUCCCCACGUCCCUGCCGGAACUGGCGCUCCCUACCCCACUGGCACUGGUGCCAUGCCCACCUCCACCAAGCCUGCCACCCCUGAGUUCACUGGUGCCGCUGGCAAGGCCACCGUUGGCUUCUUCGCCAUCGCUGGUGCCGUCGCUGCUUUCUUGUAAGCGGUUCGCUCUUGAGUGAUUUGUCGGGAUAUGGUUCUCCAUGUCUCUGCUAGUCUCUUCUCGAGUUUUGGAAAGAGGAGGAAAUAAAACAUGGCUUCACGGGUUACGACUUCAACUCUGCAUCACGAUUCAGUCUAGGAUUGGGAGCGCGGUGUUGGCGGUACGGACUCUUGCUUCCUUGCGCAAUAACAGUCGCAGCAGCAUUUCGAUGGUUAAUAUACUUGGUAUUGUAAUACGCCUUGGUUGGAAUGCUUACUGGCCCUAUGGAGGGAGUCGUGUGGUCCCGGUGGUCUUCUUGUUCCUAGAUUCUUUGCCCUUUCUUGAGAAGAGUCGGC